UCUGCUAUAGCAGUCACCCCGCUCCAGCGACCACCCUAACUCAGCGACCUUCGCUAGUUUAAUGCCCUGCGCACUAGAGGAAUUUUGAUGAGCCCGGGCGCGAGGCUAGACUGUUGCCGCUCAGCCUCAGUUCAUCCUUGUGUGUGUUGAGUUUGUGAGGGAGCACGAUGAGGCCAAUCAUCAAUAAUAAGUGAAUUACAUGUGUGCUAAUUAAGGAUUUACUUCCCUGGGAUUUUUUAAUGCAGCUUGUUCAAGAAAACCCUGCAAUAAUGGCGGAACAAAGCAAUACAGCCUGGCUUGAGAGAGGCCAUACAAUCCUGGUGACUACCUAAUCAGCUAUGUAUAUUGCCACUUGCAACCUGAAAGCCUACUUAACCAUCAUGAGCCAGCUGAUCUGUAGUGAAGACUAAAUAAAAAAAAAGAUCUCCGCGGAUAAAGCAGGAGCGGCUGGAUGAACGGGAGAUCAACCAGCUUGCUAUGGAAAUGGCAGAAAAGAACAAGCAGAAAAUGAUCUCCCAGGCAGCACAGAUUGCUCAGCAAACACAAGCCUCACAACAGGCACUGCAACGAGCUGGUGGACAACAGAUGAUCACAUUUUAUUUCAAUCGUGAUAAAAAUAAGGAACUGGGAAGUGACGACUCAAUUCUUCCCAAGAAGUUGGAUGAAAAAAAGAAAGGGACCAUUGAUGAGGAAAGUGUAAGAGGACGAUUUGGUUGGUCCACCAUUCAUAAUGCGCAUAUCCCUUAUGUAUUCAGACGGGAGGACAAAUAUUGUGCUGUAAGGAUGGUGGAAACAAAAUUGCUUAACAAAUAUUUGAGCUACCUCCCUCAUGAGAUAACUACAUGCAUCCAUGUAAGAAGUUACUUUAUAACGGAGGCGGAGGCAAAAUUACUAAACGAGAUAAAUAUGAAACAUUGUGAGUUUCAGUUUGGGCGAGAUCUUUUUACAACCAAAGAUUUAGUAGUGAGAUUACAGGAUGCACGGUGCUUUUACAAGUUCCUAGAUACAUGCUUUAAGAAAUUGGUGCAAAAAUCUCCUGAACAAAGUGAAUAUUGUGGGUUUGUGAGAAUAAAUGGUGAAAGUGUUGUGCCGUAUACUGUAAAAAAUAGUGAAAAGUAUGUACCUCUAUUUUAUUUUGAAGGUGAAACAGACACACUUAAGUUAAAGGCAGAAAAAGUUGAUAAUUGGGAACUUGCAUACCUCAAAUUUUGUUGUAAAGUUCAAGGAAUAAGAAACGAAUUAUUUGCCAGUGAUACUUGUGCAGUGGUUAGUUUAGAGGAUGUGCAACAGUAUUUCCCAAAAGACACUCAAUUUGAGGAUUGGUGGCCUCAGAAAACGGCAGAACCAAUGAAAGUUGCAAGCCAUGGCACAAAACCAGGGGGGAUAUGGACACAAAGACCUCCUGGGGGAUCACCAGGUGGGACAACUCAGACGUCAUUGGCAUCACCAUCAUCAUCUACAACCCUCACCCCUAUUGCCAGUAAGCCUCCAUCAGUAUCUGCCACAACUGCCUCUAGCCACACAUCAUCAGCAUCUUCAGUGGCUGUUUCAGUUGCAGGCACCUCUGGCUCUCUGGCAUCAUUGACCAACUCCCUCAAUAAUAUUAAUUCUCUGAACUCCUUAUACUCUCAAUGGGCCACUCUGGUCAAUGGUCAAGCAGCAGCUGUGGCUGCAGCAUCUGCUUACACUGGUUCUUCUAAUAUGCAAGCACUAUUGUCUGGUCUUACUAGUGAACAAUUACGAAGAUUACAGCCCCAGGUUUCAUUGCCUGCAUCAACACCCUUAAUUCCAACUAUAACAGCGUCUCAAAGUACAGUACGGCCGCCUCCUUUAGUUCGAUCAUCGGCAGCAAUCAGUGCGGUGUCCUCUACUCCUACCUCUUCGAGUUCUCACCUGCAAUUAAAACAUACUUCUAGAGAACUAAGGCAAGUUGCAAUAAUUGAUACAUACUAAUGUAAAUUUAAGUCCUUGCUUUUAA